CUAAACUUUCCUAGUGAUAACAAAGACUGAUUGGUGAAGUUGACCUGCGAUGAAGAUUAUCCUACUUCUAGUAGUUGCGUGCGUAGCGGUAGCCGACGAAACACCAGGUUUUUUCAUAAAACUAUCCAAAAGUGUACCUCGUAUUGGUCGAAGGGGAGAUUUCGAAAAUUUCUUCCUGAAACAAUCCAAGAGCGUCCCUAGGAUCGGCAGACGUGGUGGAUUUUUCACCGAACACACCGCCCCACAGGAUAAUGCAAACAAUUGGUUCGAACGCUUCAUGCGUCCAUCGAAACGCCCUCUAGCCAAUCAGCCGGUGGAAAAUGGCAAAAUCUACAGCAAGGUUCGUCCCUUAGAUUUGCAUCACAUUAUCGAUAUUCUUUCGGACGACCUCUUCUUCGGUUCGGAUCUGAAAUUUAUUUCCUGGGACGUGCUGGACCAAGCCCUUGAGGAAGAUCCCGAGCUAAUGGGUAAAUUGAGCUCCCUGGCCCGGGACAAAGAAGUCCACCAGCUGAAACAGCUGCUAACCGAGAACAAGGACGAACUGGUUCAGUAUAUACCACUGGCGGAAGGCGGAAAGGCGCAAGCUCUCUCCAAUAAAGCCUAUAUUUAUCGCACCGAUAGAGAUGCGCAGGAUGGCGACGUCAGCAAGGAAAAAAUCGAAUAUCAACAGUAAGAAGUAAUGCAACUGACCAGCAACUGGGUUCUUCCAUACAAUGCAUAAACAGUAUGACCUGCUUUAAUGAACUGCUUUUUGUGUAACAUGCAUAACGUAUCCGAUGUAUUUCAAAUGUUAUACUUAACAAUUGGUUUGGCCCCCUAUUUUAAUUAACAUUGAAUGUAGAACUAUGUA